GGUCUGCUGGGAUCGGGAAGUAGUCGCCUUUCCGCACCGAAUUCGUCUUCUUGAGUCUUAGGAGUGAGCCACGUCGGGACUGUGGGAAUAAGAUGGCGGGGAAGAAGAAUGUUCUGUCGUCUCUGGCAGUUUACGCGGAGGAUUCAGAACCCGAGUCUGACGGCGAGGCCGGAGUCGAAGCGGCAGGCAGCGCGGCUGAGGAGAAAGGCGGAUUGGUAUCUGAAGCCUAUGGAGAAGAUGAUUUUUCUCGCCUCGGAGUUGAUGAAGAUGGUUAUGAAGAAGAUGAUGAUGAAAACAGCAAACAGUCGGAAGAUGACGAUUCAGAGACUGAAAAACCAGAGACUGAUGACCCAAAGGAUAACACAGAAGUAGAAAAGCGAGAUCCCCAGGAAUUAGUUGCCUCCUUUUCUGAAAGAGUCCGGAACAUGUCGCCCGAUGAAAUCAAGAUCCCUCCAGAACCCCCUGGGAGAUGUUCAAAUCACUUACAAGACAAGAUCCAGAAGCUGUACGAGCGGAAGAUAAAGGAGGGAAUGGAUAUGAACUACAUUAUCCAAAGGAAGAAGGAAUUUCGGAACCCCAGCAUUUAUGAGAAGCUGAUCCAGUUCUGUGCGAUUGAUGAGCUUGGCACCAACUACCCAAAGGACAUGUUUGACCCCCAUGGCUGGUCUGAGGACUCCUAUUAUGAAGCAUUAGCCAAAGCCCAGAAGAUUGAAAUGGACAAAUUGGAAAAGGCCAAAAAGGAGCGAACAAAGGCUUAUUGCAGGGACGUGUCUGCAGCGCCUGGGGACCGGAGCUGUCCUUCCCCUAUUGAGUUUGUGACGGGCACCAAGAAGGGCACUACCACCAAUGCCGCGGCCGCCACCACCACCACCGCCAGCACGGCUGUCGCAGACGCCCAGAAGCGGAAGAGCAAGUGGGACUCUGCCAUCCCGGUGACGACCAUCGCCCAGCCCACCAUCCUCACCACCACAGCCACCCUGCCAGCCGUCGUCACGGUGACCACCAGUGCCAGCGGCUCCAAGACCACUGUGAUCUCCGCCGUGGGCACCAUCGUGAAGAAGGCCAAGCAGUGAUCGAGGGGCUGGCCCGGCGCCAACUGGACAUUCUUCUCUCCAUCGAGGGAGCAGCCGCUCCAGGACUCGACCAGACUGCACAGCCCGGGGACUGGGUGCCUCUGGGAGGUGCUGCUUUGUACAUUUCAGACUGGAAUCUGCUCCCAGAUGCCCUCCGCCAGCCUGGGAAGCCUCUGUCUGGCAUUCCAGCCAGAAGGACAUGGCCACAGAGAGCUGGGGCCUGUGGACAGUGGCCCUGUGCCAGUGGGGUCUGCGCCCUCUCAUCACGCUGUGUUAGUAAAUCUUGGCAUGUCAGCUGCA